AUGAAUCUCAAAACCGCAGCACUUUUAUCAUUGGCAAUAACAAUACUCGUGAGUGUCUUGAAGUCCAACGGGGACGAGGAUAUAGUCCUCGGACUUCUGUUACCCUUCAGUGGGGAACGACCUAUCGGUAGGUACAUCGCCGGUGCGAUGACCAUAGCUGUAGAGGUCAUCAAUAACAACGAUACGCUCCUACCCGGACGCAAUCUGUCCUUCGUUUGGAACGACACGGAAUGCGUUGGGAAAGUCGGACUCCACGAGACGGUGGACCUGUUCCUGACGGUUCGGAAACUCCACGGGUUCAUCGGUGGCGGUUGCGAUGAAGUUUGUGAACCAUCAGGAUUACUUGCUUCGGCGUGGAACCUCCCUAUGGUAUCAUGGGGUUGCUCUAGUAUACACCUCUCAAGCAAAGACACGUACAACACCCUGGCCAGGACUGUUGGUCCGUAUAAUAAAAUGGCGCCAUUGUUCUCCAAAGUCAUGCAGCAUUAUGGCUGGACACGAGCGUAUAUUUUCACAUCCAGUGAGAGCGUGUGGCAGACCGCUUCCUUUUCUGUGAAGUUGAACUUGGAGGCAAACGGAAUUUCCGUAGCUGGUUUUGUGACAUUUAAUCCGGGGAACGAAAACAUCCACGGAAGGGAAACUUUUUCAAAACUGGAGAUCGUGAAGGCGGCUAAAGACUUGUCAAGAAUAAUGCUUCUCUUCGGCUACGGAGCUGACAUCCGGGACCUGAUGCUGAACGCGUACGACAUCGGUAUGACAGAAGGAGGUUACGCUUUCAUCUGUGUGGACAUACUGGAGGACGCCCACCUGAGUGCUAAUACAUGGAUGGAAGGAGAUGGGAGAGACGAAGAAGCUAUACGGGCGUUCAAUGGUAUAUUGAAUGUCCACAUUAAGACGCCAGAGGGCGAUCGGUAUGAUGCCUUCGCAGAGCGGGUGCGUGAGCAGACGGGGAUGGAGCCGUUCAACCGACCAAUGUUAAAAGAUGAAGAGGUUGAUGUCCACGCGGGUACGCUUUACGACGCAGUGGUAUUGUAUGCCUUGGGUCUUCAUGACGUCAUAUCAGAGGGAGGUGAUGAGUAUGAUGGAGCAGCCAUCGGAGUUAAAAUGAGAAACCGACAAUUUGUAGGUAUCGAUAACUAUGUGACGAUCGAUGACUCUGGAGACCGGGAUCCAGACUACGCCCUGCAGGACUUCCACGACUCGAGGUUUGAGGACUUUGUACAUUACGAUCACAUAACCAAGGAGUUGACUUUCACACCGAACUUUCUCCCCACUUGGCCUGGAGGGGAAACCACACCACCGAAAGGAGAACCGGACUGUGGCUGGGAUGAGGAGCAUUGUCAAUCGAAUACAGAAACCAUCAUUAUUAUUAUAUCCUGCUGUGUCUUUACACUGGCUGUGGCCGGCUCAUCUGUCGUGGUGUUUUUUUAUCGGUAA